AUGACGCCGCAGCAGCCUUCGCAGGCGCAUGGACACGUCGCAGGGACGAAUUCCGCGCCAAGCAGUGGCACCACCCACGCAAACGAAGAACAUCUCGUCAAUGCCUUACACGCCGCACUCCACUCUCUCUCCGCUCCCAAUACUAGCCCUAGCGAACAUACACGUACUCGAUCCGAAGGUAUCAGUCCAAGUGGGAAGGAGAAACCACACGCGCCAACGCUUGAUAUCGUCGUUGCGAGUGAUACGCUGCAUUUACGCGGAACGGGCGUUGACGUUGAGCCUACACUGCUAAAUGGCAAUGUCGUCUUGCACCUUGCUGAGCCAACUUCGAUCAAGCAAGUCGUGCUUGUCUUCCGUGGAAAGGCGCGUGUACCGAAUAACCCUCAUGAUCCACAUGUUCUGAAUACUUCUCCGAGUCAGUAUAUCGUGUGCAGUCACGAGUGGACCUUCCUUGAGGGUGAGAAGAAGCAUAGUCAUACGCUCAAGGCUGGGAGACAUCUUUUCCCCUUUGAGCUACGUCUUGGUGGUUCGUUACCCUCAAGUCUUGCGACAUAUGUCAAUGGAGGCGCAUCUAUCUCGUACAAGCUUCGGGCCACUGCCAUUCGGUCUGGGUUUUCUGCGAAUGUUACUGCCUCGCUCCCAAUUACACUUUUACGGACAUUUGCUCCCGAAUCACUCGAAUAUCAACAAACGCUCGAGAUUGAGAAUACUUGGCCAGAGAAGCUGAUGUAUGCGUUGAUGAUUCCGCAUAAAGCAUGGGCUGCUGGUGAUGAGCUUAUGGCUCUUCUGAAAUUCGCACCGCUCGCAAAGGGUGUUCGCGUCCUUUCAGUCACGACACACCUAUGUGAGACGACGAAAAUGCUUCAGCGAGGUGGACAUUUAGAGAAAACGCGAAAUGUCGUGACCCGGAAACACGACAUUGUCAAUGGACAGGCGGUCUGCGUAGAGGAG